AUGGGUUUUCAGUAAGACCAGCAACAGUAACAUUAAUCUAAAAAUAAAAUUUUUAAUAAUCGAAGUUUGCAUAGUUUUUUCAAGGACAUUUGUUUAUAAAAUAAAUCAGUAUUAGUUAAUAUUUGAAAGAAAGAAAGCGAUUUUUUGAUAAGUAGUACAAUUUUAUUUAAAUAUACAUUUAAGGUUAUAUGCAAUAAAAAUACUUACUCCAACUCGUCGUAAAACAUCCGUUGUUAUUACUGCUUCCAUUUCUUCAGAACCAUCAGCUAUUAAUAAAAGAGCCGUUUUUUUAGACAUCUUUGCAGUAUAUUUGACUUUAUUCAAAUAUAAAACUAUCAAAGUGGAAACUGAUUGCGCAAAAGUUGGAAAAACACGACGUAACAUUGACAUAAGCCACUUGAAACACUGGAGAAAGACGGUGGAGCUUCGGAGGAGGAGGAGAUGUCUGCCGGCACCCAGGGCGAGAUUCGGGUUGGCCCUUCGCACCAGGAAUUGGUUUCUUGUCAGGCCCGUUUGCCUGAGUAUCGGCCGGGUAUACCUCCGGGAGAGCUGCUUCCUGAUCCAGAGUUUUCCAAAGAACGAGAAGAGCUAAGAUGGAUUCCAGCUAUGGCAUUAGACGGGGAUCUUCUCAUGUAUUUAAGGGCAGCUCGAUCUAUGGCUGCGUUUGCUGGUAUGUGUGAUGGAGGAUCCCCGGAUGACGGUUGUGUGGCUGCUUCCCGUGACGAUACGACUAUCAAUGCUCUGGAUAUUUUACACGAUUCUGGCUAUGACCCAGGAAGAGCAUUGCAAGCUUUGGUUAAAUGUCCUGUACCUAAAGGCAUCGAUAAAAAAUGGUCCGAGGAGGAAACUCCGGAAUUGGUUGAAUUCUACUAUUUAUGGAAGAAAACACCAGGGGCGAAUAAUAACCGACCUCAUCGAAGAAGACGACAGGGCUCACUUAGGAGGAUUCGUAAUACGCGGAACUCGCGUGCUGGUACUCCUAAAGAAGAGGUACCAACUACGCCCAAAGAUACUCCGCCAACUAGCGUCAAUCAAAAGGAGCCUGUUUCAGAACCGGAAACUAUACCUGUUGGGACACCCGCCAGCAAUAACCCUGGUGGAGAAAUUAGUUCCGUGACAGAAGACGAUAAUUCAGAAGAGGAUAGUGACUCCAGAGAUACAAAUACUAACGGGGCAACGCAUGCGUGCCACCAUUGUUUUUCGUCUAAUUCGAAGGAUUAUCAGAUAGCUGGCAAAGAUAGGUUAUUGCUUUGUACGGAAUGCAGAACACAUUUGAAGAAGACGGGAGAAUUACCGCCUGCACCACCGUAUCUAUUCCGCCCUGUGCCUGCGGAAUCACCAGAUAGCCCAGGGAGAAUGCGUACAAGAAACAAGGCCAAAGAAACGCCUAGACCUGCAAGACCUCGACGUACAGGUGGAACCGAUACUCCAGACCAGGAAAAACAACAGCAACAGCUACAAACGCCAGAUAAGAGUAAAAAGAAAUCUAGUAAACCAGAGACACCAAAGAAAGGUCAGAAACGACCUCAAACGGAUGAAAUAGAUGAGGACAAAGAGUCUCAGAAGCGGAAACGUCCUGGUGAACGUCCUGAGAGUCCCUCGGAAUCUCUCACAACUGAUAGCAACUCUCUCAUGGAUGAACCUGAGAGAGAAGGAGAAGGUGAUACGAAUGAAAAUCAACCUACUCCGGUUACAGUGCCAACUGAGGAACCUGUUAGUCCAGCAGUAACUACACCAGAAGAGCCUUCUGAACCAACUCCAGUUUCUACUCCUGUACCAAUACCUAUACAGACAUUACCAAUUUCUGUUCCUGUUAUCCAUACUUUAGAAAAGAAACCAUUACUAGAAGAACAAGUAGAAACGAAGGAUCAAACAGAAGAUGUACCUUUAGCUAUUAAUCAGCCAUUAAAAUUGGAACCUAUGCCGAUAGAACCAGCCAUGUCGCCAUCUAACGAAGAUAUGAAAGAAUCUGAACAGCAGCUGAACUUAACUACAUCGCAGUCGUUAAAUAUGAACGAUAUGAGUCAAAAUAUGCCUCGUAAUUUGUCACAGUCGAUACAGAACAAUGGUAUUUGUGCGUCAACUGGUUCACAAGGCAUACAAAACUCACAGAUCAUGUCACCGACACACCAAGGACUGCCACUUAAUAUGCAAUAUACAUCUAAUGUACCUCCUGUUCAGAAUGUACCGCAAAACUUAUCGCAGAAUAUGCAAAUGCCGCCGAAUAUACCGCAGAAUAUGUCAAAUGCGCAAAAUAUGGGACCAACGCAAAAUCUUCGAACACACGGUGAAAAUCUUUCAAAUACUCAAAAUAUGCCUCAAAACAUACCGGGACCACCAUUGAACCUCAAUAUCUCGCAAAACAUACCAACAAACAUGACACAGAUGCCUCAGAUGCCGAAUUCGCCACAACCACUUGGCUUAACCGUGAUGUCUACUGAAAAUAGAAUGUCCGAACGAAUUUCCGAUGAGAGAUUACCUUCAGAACGAAUUAGAGAUAGUAGGAUACCUGAUAGAAUAUCUGAAAGGAUACCAGAAAGACCAGAAAAUAAUGAGUCUGAACGAAACGAGUCAAGCAAUUUGUUCCAACCUAUUCAGUCAAGUGGAAUGUUGUCCAUGGAAAAACCCUCUUCGAUAUAUAAUUUGGCUAGCACGCCACCAAUGGAACCUCAAAAUUUAAAAAUCAAACAAGAGAUCAUUCCUCCUGAACCAGAUCCUCUUCAAAGUUUAAAAGAAGUCAAAGUUCCUGGUUUUCAGUCUGGUUUUCCUGGCCCGAGUUUAGAGAAUAUUAAGAAAGAUCCAGAUAGUUCCAGUAAACCACCAACACCAAGCAAACACUCCAUACCAAGUAGUCAACCUGUUGCUCAAAUACAAUCUGUCGCAGCUUCUCCAACACCGACUCUUCCACCACCACCUACUUCUAUUCCUCAACCUGUAAUGCAUCCAGCCCAACAACCGAGUCCUCAUAUGGCUCAUCCAUUCCACCCACACCAUCCCUUGAUGCAUCACUCAUUAUUUACCGCAAUGCAUCCAUAUCAUCCUCAUGCUUAUCCAGGUUAUGCUCCCGUUGGAGCUUAUCCCUCGUUCCCACCAUAUCCUUAUGGUCCAGUCCCCCAUGCAAUCCCGCCUCCAUCUCCACAGAGGAGUCAAGAAAGUACAACAAUGAUGACAGCGCAUCAUUCAAGCACGAGUUCCAGUGUGACAACAAGAGAAGAAGGAGAGAAUCUCAUCGCUACGCAUCAUCACUCAUCUACAAUGCAUCAAGCCACAGCGUUGCACCACGAUAAACUGUUAACCAUUUCUUCUCAUAGUUCUCAUAGUCAUUCUUCGUCGCAUAGUUCACAUAAUACUCAGCGCAAGCCAUCACUAGUAUCAGCCACGAGUCUAACAUCUAGUAGUUCAGCGCAUCAUCACCAUAGACCACCGCAAUCCCAACCUUCAGUCGCUCCAGAACCUAAAAUAGAACCUGAUUUGGUAGAACAAGAACAAGAAGAGCUACCAAGUCCACGAGGUCCAUCUCCAGAACCUCGAAUCGAAGAUUCUGAAUGUCAUAGAUCACAGUCCGCCAUUUUUUUACGACAUUGGAACCGAGGUGAGAACAAUUCCUGUACCAGGACAGAUCUAAUGUUCAAACCUGUCCCAGAUUCAAAGUUAGCAAGAAAACGAGAGGAAAGGUCGAGGAAGCAGGCUGAGAGGGAAAGAGAGGAACGUGAUAGAGUUGCCGCGCAACAAGCUAGGAAAAUGACUACGCCUGAGAAGCAACCAGAAACAUGUAAGCCACCUAGUCGAGGACCUCUUGAGCCUGUUGUAUCUCCUUAUGAUAGAUACGCCGCAAGACCGGGAUCUUAUGCUGAUACUCCUGCUUUGAGACAGUUGUCCGAAUACGCCCGACCACAUGCUGCUUUCUCACCUGCGAGACAUCCAGCACCACCAGAUCCAAUGUUACAUUACAUGUAUAGCCCUGCUGCCCGAGAACGCUUAGAAUUGGAACAUUUAGAACGUGAAAAAAGAGAACGAGAGAUUAGAGAGUUACGUGAACGAGAAUUAAACGAUCGAUUAAAAGAGGAACUUCUAAAGGGAACACCUAGACCAAUGCCAGCACCAGUGGAUCCACAUUGGCUAGAAAUUCAUCGACGUUACGCAGCCGCAGGACUUGCUCCUGGACCGUCGGGACCUCCUCAGGCUUUACACCAAUUUGGUCUCUAUGGAGCUCCACCUGGACCCAGUCAAUUGGAAAGAGAACGUUUAGAAAGACUAGGGAUACCGACUGCAGCCGGCGGGGGGCCAGCGAGUGCAGGAGCUGGCCAUCCCGUGGCGGCUCAUCACCACGGCCAGCUGGACGAGCGACUGGCUCUAGCUGCUGACCCGAUGGUCCGGUUGCAGAUGGCUGGCAUUUCGCCCGAGUAUCAUGCUCACACUCACGCGCAUACGCAUGCGCAUACGCACUUACACUUACAUCCGGGACAGCAGCAGGCCCAGCAACAGGCUCAGCAACAGCAGGAAGCGGCUGCGGCUGCAGCUGGAUUCCCCCUGCCUGCGGCAGCUGGUGCAAAUUAUCCUCGACCAGGCUUAAUGCCCCGUGAUCCAGCACUGGCUCUUCAUCCCGCGGAACUUCUCGGAAGACCAUACGCAGAUAUGGCAGCGCAUCAUGAGCAAUUACAACGUCAUCUAAUGAUGGAACGCGAUCGAUUCCCUCCUCAUGCAUCGCUUGUUGCACAUCACGAGGAAUAUUUAAGGUUUGUCCUUUGAAAUCCAAUAACAAAGCUAUACAAUUUUACAUACAGCUAUACAAAUUUACAUAUGCUUGAUUUAGACGAUUAGUGUCUAAGUAAUCUCGGACUAACAAAGGGUGUUUUUUAGACAACAGCGCGAACGUGAGCUUAAAGUUCGCGCACUGGAAGAAGCUGCACGUGGAUCACGCCCUUAAGUGUAAUUGUAUUUAUAUAUUCUAAUGAUUAUCCUUUAUAAUUAGAGACGCGACGAUCCUCGUUAGACACAAUUAA